AUGCUGGUGACCUAUUUGGAAGCCAGCCGGGACCUUUGCGAGACGGACUCAAUUCUUUUUGGCGCCGCGCUGGCAGUCUGCCGUAUCAUAGGCGCCAAGGUUUCCACGGCUGGACGCGCUACUGGCCAUAGUAGCGCUAUCCCAGCAUGGAGAAGAAGAAUUGAGGAACGUAUCGCAAAGGCUAGAGCUCUCAUCGGCAGACUGAUAUGCUUCAGAUCAGGCAACAACAGGCCAAGAAUUGUGCGCACCGUCAGGAUGGCGUUUGCUGGGACAAAUGUGUUCCAAAUUUUGCUAUUUACGACCAUUAUCCCAGCGACGAGUGCCAAUUUUGCAAUUAUGGUCAGUAACUAUAUAAGGAAAACGGACAAAGCGUCCUAUUCUAGGGAGAAGCUACAAGCAGCAGUAAGAGCUGUAAAAAAUGGGGAGCUGAGUGGUUACAAGGCCUCUCAGGAGUACAAGAUUCCGAGAAUGACCAUAAUGGACCACGUUAACAAUAAGAGGACCAAAUCAAAUUCACUAGGAAGAAACACAGCAUUACCAUUACAAGUAGAAAAGGAAUUAGCUCUCGGUCUUCACCUGAUGGAAAAGCAUGGCUUUGGAUUGACAAAAACAGAAAUGCUGGAAAUGGUGGCCGAUUUUGUGAUAAAGAACAUCAAAGGAUCUUUUGGCAUACCUGUCCAAUUAAUUUCAAAACGGCGGUGCACAUUGUUACAAAAAAAUACAAAGGGUAUUAGAAUGUUAAUAGCAAACUUUGUUUACUGGCUCUUAUUCUCACUGUACACUAAUCUUAUGAAUAUUAUUUUUAGCCAUGGUGAUCCUUCAAGGCCCCAAGUUGGACUUCAAGGAAGGGUAAGGAGUGAACGUCUGUGGCAAGAGUUAGCUGAAAUUUUAAACUCAGUGGGUGGAAGUGGAGUUAACAAAACAUCUGACAAAUGGAAAAGGGUAUGGUCCGACUGGAAAACUAAAACAAAAAAGAAAGCCUCCCUUAUAAAUCGGGACAUUCGUGGCCCUGGUGCAAUUACUGGAAGUCAAGCCAUACAAGCAGGCUUUCAAGAACCAUCUCAACCUCAAGUGAGCUAUACAGCUGAUACAGCAGAGAGGAUACCAUCACCAGCAGAAAUUGAGCUCUUGACAUUACCAUCAGCUGCAGAAGAUACACCCAUAACAGUGCCAGCAGAUGUAACAUCUCCACCAUCACAUCCUGUCAGUCCUGUGCCAGGACCUUCAAAUAGUAGAACUAUACAAGGAGGUUUUUAUUACAAAAUCAAUUUUGUACAGACAGUAAGUGAAAGCCAGGAUAUUACAGUUUCACAUACUGAGACACAGGAAAAUACUGAUCAUGUUUCUAACACUGAAUCUAUACCAUCUACAUCUCACAGCUCAUCGUCUGAAAGGCAAAGAAAGAGAAAGAACGAUGAAUCUUUAGCUGUUUUACUGAAAGACAUUGAUGUAGAUUAUGAAAAGCGUCGCCGUGAGAUAAAAGAGAAAGAGGCAGCUGAAAGGGAAUCAAGAAGACAUCCUUUAAAACUGUUUUUGAGAGUAUGA